UUGCAGACUGCUCCUCUGUCCUUUGCUAUACCGGGCCCUCUGUCUCUCCCUCUACUUGGAAACAUGCUGGAGCUCAUGCAAGAGCACUUGCCCAAUCACUUGACAACUUUGGCACGUCGCUAUGGAAAUAUCUAUCGUCUAAACUUUGGAAACAGCACCAUGGUGGUGCUUAGUGGAACGGACGUCAUUCGAGAAGCUCUGGUGAAGAAAUGGUCCGACUUUGCAGGGAGGCCACAUUCCUUCACAGGUAACGUGGUGUCAAGCGGAGGACGCUCCAUCUCUCUGGGUGACUAUGGAGACGAGUGGAAGCUACACCGGCGUGUGGUCCACAGUGCUCUGCAACGCAGCACGGCCGACUCUCUCCAUGCCGUCAUCCAACAACAGGCUCUCAGACUGAGACAAGUGCUACUGGGAUAUAAGGAAACCCCAGUUGACCUCUCUGAAGAUUUUACAGUGGCUGCCAGUAAUGUCAUCACUACUCUUGCCUUUGGAAAACAGUAUGACAAGAGCUCUCCAGAGCUGCAGCGUCUUCACGGCUGUCUGAAUGAGAUCGUGGCCCUGUGGGGCUCCCCUUGGAUUUCUGCGCUGGACUCUUUCCCACUACUUCGAAAACUGCCAAAUCCACCUUUUGCUCGACUUCUGAAGGAAGUGUCAAGAAGAGAUGACAUCAUUAAGACACACUUGGACAGCCUAAAGGUUGCCAAUGAUGCCAUGAGAGAGGGGGGUGCACUUACUGACUUCCUGAGGUGCCAGAACAGACCUGAGGAAGCAACACAGUCAGGGCUGACAGACAUUCAUGUCCACAUGACUACAGUGGAUCUGCUGAUCGGUGGGACGGAGACGACGGCAGCUUGGCUGAACUGGACCGUGGCCUUCCUUCUACACAGACCAGAGAUCCAGCACCGAGUUCAUGAGGAGCUGUGCUCGGUGCUAGAUGCCCGGUAUCCAGAGUACAAAGACAAGCACCGGCUGCCUGUCCUCUCUGCCCUCAUCAGCGAGGUGCUGAGGCUGAGGCCCGUGGCCCCCCUCGCCGUGCCCCACAGGGCCAUCAAGAACAGCAGCAUUGCAGGAUAUUUCAUACCAAAAGACACAGUGAUCAUUCCCAACCUGUUUGGAGCACACCAUGAUCCCACAGUCUGGGAGGACCCCUACAGCUUCAGACCAGAGCGUUUUUUAGAUGGGGGAGCGUCUGUUCGUCCGCUUGUGCCAUUCAGCGGCGGGGCUCGGCUCUGCUUGGGGGAGUCGGUGGCGAAGAUGGAGCUCUUCUUGUUCACGGCUUACCUCCUGCGAGACUUCGAGUUCAUCCACCCCGGAGCCGAUAAAUGCCUGCCUGAUUUGACUGGAGUCGCCACAGUGGUCCUCAAGGCCAGGCCAUUUAAAGUUAUUAUUCGCCCACGAGCAUAAUAACGCUUUGUGUUGGCUAUUUCAUAAUUGAUGUAAACGGAAA